CGGCCCAGAAAGGGUUUGUGCUUUUGGGGGACCCUUUUCCAUGUCAUUAAGCUUUUCCUCAUUCAGGUUGACUGCGGGUUGACUGAUGUUGAGUUUCUUAUCAAAGACCAAAACACAGCUUGUGAGCGUGUGUGUGUGUCGCUGCCAGAGCACUAUUUAAACUUGCACUAAGUCAGCACUGCAUUGUUAAAAUGGUGCCUGUCCAAGCUGCCUGUGCCUUGUUAAGCCUUGCACCCCUUUUGGUGCUUGGUGUUCCUUUCAUUUGGACCCAGCCGGAGCAGGUGCACCUCGCCUAUCCAGGAGUGCCAGGUUCUAUGGUAGUGACCUGGACCACCUUCAAUAAGACAGAGAGCAAGGUGGAGUAUGGCCUUCUAGGGGGUCGGCUCUUUGAGAUGACCACCAAAGGUAGCGCUACUCUGUUUGUGGACUCAGGAGAGGAGAAGAGGAAGAUCUACAUCCACAGAGUCACUCUAAUAGGCCUCAAACCUGCUGCUGCUUAUGUGUACCACUGUGGCAGUGAUGAUGGCUGGAGUGAUGUGUUCUCCUUCACUUCUCUGAAUGACAGCGCUAGUUUCAGUCCCAGGUUUGCUCUGUAUGGCGACCUGGGCAAUGAGAACCCUCAGUCUCUGGCUCGGCUACAAAAGGAGACACAGCUUGGCAUGUACGAUGUCAUCCUGCACAUAGGGGACUUUGCCUAUGAUAUGCAUGAGGACAAUGCCAGGAUUGGGGAUGAGUUCAUGAGGCAGAUCCAGUCCAUAGCAGCCUACGUGCCCUACAUGACGUGUCCAGGCAACCACGAAGCUACAUACAACUUUUCCAACUACAGGAAUCGCUUCAGUAUGCCAGGCCAGACUGAGAGCCUAUGGUACAGCUGGGAUCUGGGGUCAGCGCACAUCAUCUCCUUCUCCACUGAGGUUUAUUUCUAUCUUGAAUUUGGCCUGGAGCUCCUAUUCAAGCAGUAUGAGUGGCUGAAGAAAGACCUGGAGGAGGCCAACCAGCCAGAAAACAGAGCAGUGCGUCCAUGGAUCAUCACCAUGGGACACAGGCCCAUGUACUGCUCUGAUGAUGACCAGGAUGACUGUACCAUGUUUGAUUCUUAUGUCCGACUGGGACGGAAUGACACCAAACCACCAGCUCCUGGUCUAGAGGAUCUAUUUUACCGCUAUGGAGUGGAUCUGGAGCUGUGGGCACAUGAGCACACAUAUGAGAGGCUUUGGCCUGUCUAUGGUGACAAGGUGUACAAUGGGAGCAAAGAGAAGCCUUAUGUGAACCCCAAAGCUCCGGUUCACAUAAUCACAGGCUCUGCUGGCUGCAGAGAGAAGACUGACAGGUUCAAUCCAAACCCCAAAGAGUGGAGCGCUCUCCGCAGCACAGACUAUGGCUACAGCCGAAUGCAAGUGGUCAACACUACCCAUGUUUACUUUGAGCAGGUUUCUGAUGACCAGUAUGGUAAGGUGAUUGACAGCAUAUGGGUGGUGAAGAAAAAGCAUGGCUUCUCUGCUUGGUUCUGAAGAUUGCCAUCAUUAAAAUAAACUAUCUGCUCAGGAAAUGCACUUUGAAUUUAAAACAACUACUUUUUUUUGCUGUGCCACACCAAUUAUGCAGCAAUAAUGAAAAUUAUACUUUCCUUCCUGGUUAUUCGUGAAUCUUUUCCAUUUCGGACAUGUUCCAAUAUGUUUUAACCAAUCAGAAGACCAUUACUUUACAUGAUGAUCAUCUACUGUAGAUGUAUAUAAUGUAACUGUAGUUUGCUGCAAGGUGCUCUACUAAGCAGUUUUUUGUAAAUAAGGCAUCAAUAAUUGUUGUACGUUUGAAUAAAUUGUUCUUUUUUUUGUAGAUCUGGUCACUGUAGUUCAUCACUGUAGUCUAACUUUAGUUUUAUUUAGUUUAACUUUUAAUUGACAGAUAGAUGUAGGUCCUUUCCCUGAAUAAUCCAGUGACAACAGUAGACAACACAGACAGCGUGACUCAGGCAAACACCAGGCCCAGUUCCCGUCAGAGCAUAUUUUUCAUUUCAGAAUCCUGGGAAUACACUUAGAAAGAUCAGGUCCCGUCUCUAUCACUCGAUCAAGAUGACACAUUGGCUAAUCCUAUCAGGAUAUUGGAACCUCAUUUCAUUGUCCAUCUGUUUGGCUGUCAGGAGACAAAAAGACACAUGGAAGUCUACGCCACCACAAAAAGGACUGUUAUGUAACUGUGGCUUGGGCUCAUUAAGACCGAGAGAAGGCGCUUUCCCCAGAAAAGUGUUGUUCAUGCUGUGACUCUCACCUCUAUGGUGGUAUUAAUUACUAAUAACAGCAUGCUCCCUCUGAUGAAUAUU